CACACAACGCACAGGCAACACACACAUCCCUUCUCUCCGCCCGCCCCUUCCCUUUGCUCCAGCACCACCAGCACCAGCCGCCAGGACAAGUUGCUACGGAAACGGCUGCAUGGCAACCGGCUCCGAGCCUGGGGUCCGUCUGCCGCUGCCGCUGCCGCUUCUCUGGCUGGCUCAUUCUCCUGCGCGUUUCCCUCCUCGCUAGAUGGUGUGUGAGACACCCGACACUAGACACGCUCCGGACGCGGGCAGCGAGAGCGAAGGGAAGCCGAGGCAAAGCCGGGCGGGCGGCGGGAAGAGAGAGGGACCGAGGCGGACGGAGAGAAGAGGCUUCUGCCUGCCCACCUGCCUUGGGGGCUCGUGGAGGAGCCAGAGCCUUCGCGCAGCCUUCGCGCAGGCAUGGACAUGAUGCCCCUGGUCCAGGGCGCUUGUUGCUCCAACCAGUGGCUGGCCGCGGUUCUGCUGAGCCUCUGCUGCUUGCUGCCCUCCUGCCUCCCCGCCGGCCAAAACGUGGACUUCCCAGGGUCAGCUGUGGAGAACCUGGUGGUCAGGAAAGGGGACACGGCUGUGCUUAGGUGUUAUUUGGAAGAUGGAGCUUCAAAAGGGGCCUGGCUGAACCGGUCAAGUAUAAUUUUUGCAGGAGGAGACAAGUGGUCAGUAGAUCCUCGAGUGUCAAUUGCAACAGCAAAUAAAAGGGAGUACAGCCUUCAGAUACAGGAUGUGGAUGUGUCAGAUGAUGGCCCGUAUACUUGUUCGGUACAGACCCAACACAUACCUAGAACAAUGCAGGUGUAUUUAACAGUCAAAGUUUCUCCAAAGAUAUUUCAUAUCUCGAGUGACAUUGUGGUGAAUGAAGGAAGUAACGUCACACUUGCUUGUUUAGCAUCAGGGAAACCAGACCCUUCCAUUUCUUGGAGACACAUCUCUCCAUCAGCAAAACCAUUUGAAAGUGGACAGUAUCUGGACAUCUAUGAAAUUACAAGAAACCAAGCUGGGGAAUAUGAAUGCAGUGCUGAAAAUGAUGUCUCUGUUCCAGAUGUGAAAAAAGUGAAAGUCACAGUAAAUUUUGCUCCAACCAUUCAGGAAAUAAAAGCCAGUGGUGUGACGCUUGGAGGGGCUGGAUUCAUCAGAUGUGAAAGUGCAGGUGUUCCUUCUCCAACCUUUGAAUGGUACAAAGGAGAAAGAAAACUGAUCAAUGGACAACAAGGGAUUACUAUUAAAAGCUAUAGUUCAAGAUCACUUUUAAAUGUCAACAAUGUGACAGAGGAGCACUUUGGCAACUAUACAUGUGUCGCUGCCAAUAAGCUAGGCACAACCAAUGCCAGCCUUCUUCUUAACCAAAUUAUUGAGCCUACUACUACUAGUCCUGUCUCAAGCCCAGCAGUCCUUAAUCAUCAACAACAACAAGCUCCAAGUACAACCCAGCUUGGAAUCACUGGAGGCGCUGAAGUUCUAUUGUCGUGCUGGUACCUUGUGUUGACACUCUCCUCUUACACCAGUAUACUGUACCUGAAGAACAUCGUUCUACAAUAAAUGUAAAGAACCAUGAAAGGCUUUUAAGGAUUCUUUGAAAAUGCUGAUGACUGGAUCCAAUCUGGUAGAGUGUGUUAAAAAGCGGCGUGGGAUAUAAUCAGCAGUGCUUAUAUGGGGAUGAUCACCUUCUGUAGAAUUGCUCAUUAUGUAAAUACUUUAAUUCUACUCUCUCUUUUUUAUUAGCUGCAUUACCUUGUGAAGCAGUACACAUUGUCCUUUUUUUAAAAAAUGUGAAAGCUCUGAAAUUACUUUUAGAGAAUAUUAAUUGUAAGUUUAUGUUUGUAAUCUAUAACAUUACAAAAGCAUUCAGUCAUAGUCUGCUGAUUUGCAGACUGUAGUUUACAUAAAAAGAACCCAAAUGUUGCAGUUAAAAUGUGAUCUUUAAGGCUGCAAUACAAGCAUUCAUUUCCCUCUAAAUAAGAUUCUAUCUGCAUUUACGCGUAAUUUUUUUUUACAAAAAAGCUAAAUAAUAUUGCCUUUGACUCACUUCUUCAAAAAAUAGAAUGCAUUUCUAGAUUUUCUUCUAGCAUGAUUCAGAUUUCAAGAAUGAGCCUUGUAAUAUGACUGCAGUAUGCAUUUCUGCUUUGAUUUUUAUUUUCCUGUCAGUUUAGCAUGGAUGUGCCUUUAUAAGAUACUGCUUUUUCUCUUCCUCUCCAACAAACUGAGGAUGUUUUUGGGUGGAUGCUAAGCUCAUGUAGAAUGUCUUCUUAUGGACAAAGGUGGUAUUGCCUAUAAAAUGUCUAAUACCAAUGGGUUAAAGGAACUAAUCCAAACAGUGAGCACAGCAAAAUAAGUACACAGUACUUUUUAGCAGUCUGUCAUGUACAACAGAUAUCCCAAGCCUGUACAAAUCUCUCCCUCUCUCUCUUUCUCUCUCUCUCUGAGAAUUCUUUGUGAAUGUAACUGUUUUCCUUUCAUCAUUCCAAGUUAGAAUUCUUGAAAGGCUCCAGACAAAGUGACUGCCCUUUAUUUUAUUUUAAGGUAAUUAGCAGCUAAUUCGACAUACCAGGGUUGUUCUUCCUGUUGAAUUUAUACACUAUUUGGAUUGGUUAACUCACAGAACAUAGGGCUUAAGCUUGCAAAAUCUGUAGUAACAUCAGAAUUUUCAUUGAAUGCACACUCUGACAACACAUACACACAAAUAAUCCUGACUUCAGUAAAUAAACACCAUUACACAAAUCAGAUUCUAACAUAUUACAGCCAUUUAACAAUUUUACCCAAAGUUAAUUUGCAAAAAACAAACAAACCAUUGCUUUGUCUCCCAAUCAGUCACGUGGGUUAAAAACUUCCUGAAAUGCCUGCUCUGUUAUAUGCCAACCAUAUAAUUUCUUAGAAAGGGGUAAGUGGAUAGAAGUCCUGCAAAUGAUGUGACAUCAUUCUACUACACCUUUAUGAUUAGGGUUUAUGGGAAAAUGUGAAUGGAUACAACUGUUCUUUACUGAGGGAAAGUUUAAAUAUUCUAUUCAGCCUAGUGAAUAGAAGAGAGCUACUUUCUUAUGAAUCGCUAGUACUAGAUGCAACUUGUGAAAAACGGUUCCCCUUUCAUUUGUUGCACACUACAUAUCUAGUUGUCAAAAUUUUGUUAAUAUUGUAUUCAUGUGUAUGGAAAAUGGUUUCAUUUUUCCUCAGAAACACCAUUGUUCCUAAUCCUACAGUUCCUGCUUCAGUGAAAAUUAACACUUAACAAUUAACAAAUUACACUUAAAUAAAAAGCCUCAGGGGAAAAAACCCUUCAUUUUGCAUGCAUAACAUGGUGUAUUUAUAUGGUUGUAGUAGGCAUUCUCUAAAGUAAAGCAAAUGAAAAUAGCAUCUGCACAGUUGUAGAUGAUGUUUUGCCUCCACUGUAUGUUGCACUACCAGUUAACAAAGAUCACAAAUUAACUUCUAAAAACCACAGAGACAGGAUUAUAAGUGUACCCCAUGUUAAAUAAGUAAAUACUGAAGUGCAUGCAAAAGAUUUUCAUUUGGAUUUAGUAUGGUUCCUAUGCAAGAACAAAUGGUGGGAAAUUCCCCUUUGCUGCUUGACUGUGGAGGUAUUUGUUCUCACUGGUUCAGAAUGAGACAGCUUGCCUCUUUAACUGAAGUUGUUAGGAGCUAUGCACAAAGUGCAGUAUGUGCAUGUCUAAAAGAGAGAAGUUCUCAGAAUGAGUUAGUGUAAGUAACAAAUCCUCACAAGCAGAAGGGAAAUUUAGAUGCUGCUGUGGUUAAAAUGUAACUCAAUUUAAGCUGGCAUUCAGAUGAAAAAAUGGGGCAUACUAAAUAAUUAAGGCUGCAAUCCUAAACAGGGAGUAAGUUUCCUUGAUCUCAAUAAGUCUUAUUUCUAAGUAAAACACACUUAGCAUUGCACUGUACCCAGGUGUCACCUUGUGACAGCUGGAGGGAGGGAAAGAAGGAGACUUCACUUGAAAAAUAGCUCAUCAGCAAUUUUACCAUUACUAUUGCAGAAUUGUCACACAGGGUCUUUAACAGGGCCUGCUUUUAGAGCUCUGCACUAUUAUCGCCAGUUCAGUUUACCCAUAUCCAGCUUCAAAGGCUUAAACAUUUCUUUAGGUCCUUGAUAUUCUUCUUCAUAAGUAAAAAAAAUCAAAUUUAAGUAGUAAAUGGCUCUUAAAACUAUUAAAAUUUUCUGUUUUGAGACUUGAAGAUGACAGGACAAUAUUGUUUAAUUAUACAGUUUGUAUUCACAGAUUUAAAAAUUAUUAUUUCAUCUCCCCAUCCUAUGAAUCUAUCAGUGACAUAAAGGCAUUUUUGAAAAAGCUUGAUUGGUCUGGUAGAAUAUUCUGACAGUUUGGGUGACUAGCUAUUCAGACAUGCUGGGAGAGCAGAAAGCACAGAUUAUUUUCAGUUGAGGGAUGUUUGUGCUUCUUCUGUGCUUCUUCUAAAGAGGACACAGAUUUAUCCCUUAUAGAAUCUUGCAAAGAUACACAGAGUCCCUUGUGCUUCCCAUUCUCCCUAUGCAUCAAAAUGUGUGAAGCCAUCCAUUUUUCUUGUAUUGCAGCUUUAAAGUUCUAGAAUGUGUUGAUUGAAAGGGUAGUGCUGCAGAAACCAUGUCUGUGCGGCAGUAUUCUUUCAAGGAGAAAGGAGCAAGUCGAAGAUGGUUCCAAACAAAGUACCGCCAUGCACUCCGACAUCAUCUUCUCACAAUCAUCCAGAGCUGUUUUAAUUUGCUUGCUCAUCCCAAUUCUAUAGUCAAGUUAAUUGCCUUCAUGAUCUCCCCCAGCACAUGGAGUCUGUUGAUUCCAGCAGCAAAACAGGGUGAUUUUUUAAUUACUGAACAUGGAAAUACCUGUGAACAAAUUAGUAUUUUUGUUUGUUUGUUUGUUUGUUUGUUUGUUUGUGUGGGGAACUCCUACCACAGUAACACUGGUAACAUAUAAACCCAGUGUUCAAUUUAGCCUCUGAACGUUUGCUUGCAAUUAUUGGGUGCAAUUUCUUUUCAACAGCCUAAUCCCUUGGUUGCAAAUGAAAGUGGUGUGCAAACGUCUGCCUGUAAGUUCAGAAGAGAAAAAUCAUCUGCACAAAAUUUGACUCAGUCCUAUUAAGUAUUUACAGUGAUACUGGGACCUUUGCAGUAGGUGCUUACAGGAUUAGCCACACAGAAGCUUCUUUUGAAAUUGUGGUCAGUUAUGGGCCUAAUCCUGUCAAGACAGGCACAUGCAUACAGUUCUGCACUGUGUAGCCCCAUUUUUAAAAAAAAAAAUAGCAAGUGUCAGUGUAUUCAUAGGAUUACUCCCAUACUAUGUUGGUUAACUUUUUUCCCUAAAUAAUCAUUGUACAAUUUGGGAUUUAUCAGGACAUGAUGUGGAUUGUGUUGAUUGUUGCAAAUUACAAUAACAUUUACAGAGUUUAUUAGUCCUUACAUUGUGGGGUAUGUUUGCUUUCUUCAAUUUCUGACAUGAUAAUCUGUGCUCAUCUAGUUGAUAUCAUUGCUGUUCAUAUUUUUAAUCAGUCACAAUUAUAUUUCUCCCAGUCAUGACAAAAUAUGAAAAAUAAAUGGAUUAGCUCCAAGAGAUA